AUGACCUUCGUCUCAAACGAUCCUGCUUGGUGGCCGUUCAUGAAUGUGACCGUAACCAGAAUUUUUGCCUACUGGACAGUUGCCGCCGGCGUCGUGGUAGUAUACGAUUGGGUCUUAACACUCGGACAAGAGAUUGAACUCAUCUGGAGACAACGCUGGUCUUUCAUGACUCUGCUGUAUUUGAUUAUACGCUAUAUUGGAAUACCAUAUUCUGUUGUCAAUAUUCUGCGUAUGUCUCAUUGUGCUGUAUUCCAUUUUUCUGACAGACGGGACACAGGAAAUAUGCCAUCAGUAUCGCUGACAGAUGCAGUAAGCGCUAUCAUGUACCACACAGUAAAUGGGACAAAUGUAGCCUUGAGUGCCAUGUUUGGCGUCAUCAUGAUUGCUCGGUUGCAUGCCAUGUAUCAAGGAUCUAGAACGAUGCUCAUCUUCCUUGUUAUUAUAUUUCUGGCUGUUAUCAUUGCCUGCGGAGUGAUCUCGGCAAUCGAACUCAAGUAUACUGUAUCAGAGGAGGUGAUACUCCCUGGCACGCAUAUGUGCGGUUAUGGAGAUGAAAGCGACAUGUCGCUUCUGUUUUCAAUGAUUUGGAUGCUCAACACUGUUUGGGAGGUCCUCGCAUUGUGUCUUUCAGUCUGGGUGGCUGUGAAACACUUCCGUGACCUGCGACGACUCGGCCCAUCGACAGGAUCGACCAUUGGGGGGUGUUUCAGAGUGCUGAUACAAUCUCAUGUUCUUUAUUUUGCAAGCUUUGUCAGUGUCUCUUGCCUCCAGCUUGCCGUUAUCUCUGCGAAAAUCUCGAAUAUUGUUGGUCUGAUACUCGGUGGUGCUGUGCAAAUUUUAUUGGUCGUGCAGAUGUUUGUGCUGGGACCACGCCUCAUCCUGAGCGUUCGAGAAUACCAUGCCAAACUCGUGGCAUACUCCGAUGCAGAAACCAGCAUGAAUUCAAUUGUUUUUCAGGAGCGUGUACAUGUAUCAACUAGCAGUACUGUAUAG